GAAGCACGGCGUAGGAUCUCCUCCAAGAUUAAAGCUAGUCCUAAGAGCAACCGAAUUGCUGUGACUGACUUUCACGGGACUGUAAAGAGAGAUCGGCUCAAAAGUCCAAAGAGAAAUGAGGUGUCCGGUAUGGAAGUGCAUCUCAGUCAACCGCCAGCUCCUUUUGCCGAGGCUGGAAAUGGUUUUAACAGGCGCCUUGCAAAAGCGGAUGGUACAACAGAGGGAAAAACCCCAAUCCCGCACGAAACAAGAACGAUCCGGGUUCGUCCUCCCCUGCCGACCCCCUUUCUCCCCUCGCUGCCGGGACGCAGGGCUGUAACCCGGCGCUGGCGGGCUGCCCCGGCGGGCGCUGCCGCGGCCCCGAGCGGCGCUGCCAUCAGCAGCCCUCUAGCGCUAUCUGGCGGGGCUCCAACACGAGCCCGGAGCCGCGCAGGGCCCGGCCCUCCGCCGCCGCCGCCGCCGGGGCCGUGGGGCCGGGCACGGGGCUCGCUCCGCGGCCGCAGGGCCCUCGUCCCCGGCUCAGCUGCUCCCGCGGGACGUUGAUGAGGCCCAGUCCCGGGUUCCACCCCUGAGGGGCGAAACCGGCCGUGGGAAGGGGCACAGAGAUGAAGCCCUUCGCGUUUGUCCGGCUUAUGUCAUUCGGGUGGUGUGAAGCACUAAAGUCAGAGGAGAUGAGAUUUUUUUUUUUUUUAAUUAUGUUAUUUAGGCUGGAAUGUUUGUGAAAGUGGAAUGUUUGUAAAAGUGGAGACCAUAAACAGUCGACAUUUAUUUCCAUUACACACCAGAGGGAAAAAAAAAAAAAAAAAAAAGAAAAGAAGAAAACAACCACAAACCUGUCAGGGCUUCCCACUAAUACUGUUUGCACAGGGCAGUAAAAAAAUCUAGUUUGCAAUUGUUCUAAGAAUCCCGAAGUAUGAAAAAAUUUUAAUCUUUCCGGUAUAACAUGGUAACCAAAAGGACAGUUAGGGCAAAGUAAAUGGCUUUAGUGUGAUACCAGAGAAUCCGCAAAGGCUUCAAAUUCUCCUCAAGCUCACUCAAAAUAUCUCCUUUUGUUCUCCAGCUGCCUAUAAAACUCCAGAAGAGAAGUGCUCUCAUUUUUACACUGGAGUUCUCGGUCCGGAGAGAACAAUAUACUCCUACCUCUUUUGAAAUGAUCCGGAGGCUCUCAUAGCACACAGGCAAUCACUCGAAGCACGAAUUUCCUUUUUUUUCUUUUUUUUUUUUCCCCCAAGAACUGCUCGGCCCAUUGUUUGAAGUGGGAUUCAGUGCAGAGCCCAAAGAGAAAAGGAAAAAAAAAAAUCCUGAGAGCCCGGUUUGGUAUUGCACAGAGAUAGAGCUGACAAAAUAUUAUAGCGUGUUUCCUAGAAGUACAUGGUGAGAGCCGGCAGUGUGUUCCCGAAAAGAGGUUGCUCUUUAUUUCCACCACCACCCCCCUCAAGAUUGUGAUCGUCUUUGUAUGUCUUUCUUUUGAUCCCACAAAAAGAAUGCAAUACACAUACAUGUGUUUGCUCUCCAUACAAGAAAUGCCAUACAAUGGAAUAUGUGGCCAGUCAGUCCUCAUAAUGCUUAGUUUUGCUGUAAUUAAUUGAAAACAGUUAUUAGGUCGUCAUUGGCAAUAGCGUAAAUAAUUGCAGCAGAUUUUUACUUAAAAUUGACCGGUCAUAGAGUGAUAGAUCGAUUCGAGGUAUAAAAAUGAUGUAUCAAAACAUCAAUGUCGAUUAUUUGAAAUAUUGUAGUCGAAUCUUUUUAUUGCUUCAUCGGUUAAGUGUCUGAAAGUGCUGUGUUCCAACAUAUAUUUAUGUUGUCAAUACUGUCAAAACUGUCAGUUUUAUUACAGUGGAUUUGUAAUACAUUUCGGAUUUGCUCAUUUACAUAAAAUGUCCACCUCAGAUACCCCUCCUUUUCUCCAUCUCUGGAAAUCUGUGUCAGUUUAAUGAAAGGAUUCAAGACUCAUACCUGAAGAGGGGAGAAAAAAAAGAAAAAGGAAAGGAGAAAAAUAAAAGGAGGUGUUGCUCCAUUAUGUCCAAUUUUAACAUCCGUUUGAAAAGCUUGGGCUAUUUCUGACUCGCCAAAAGAGGGAAUUCCUCCCCCCUUCCCCCUCCCUCCCCCGGCCCCGCUUAUUUCCCCAGUAGAAUUUAAACACUUUUCUACUCUCACACCUAGAUUAAACCAUCUAGAAGAAUUGGGAAAUUGUACAGGGUUACAGUGACGAGCCAAAGCACACCUGUGAAUGCCGCAACCCUCCCAAAGAGAGCAACAACCCCCCGAACCACGCACACACGUGCAGGGGUUUGAAUCCUGCUAGAAAGAAGGAGACAAAAGGAGCAAUAAAAUAAAUAUGUGUGUGAUCCUUUCCUAAUGGUUUGGAGCCCAAAGGAAAAAAGCAAACUGUAAGCAGUGUUGGGCAUUUGAUGCCCCCCCACCCCUAUUUUAUCAGGGUCUGAUCGAUGUGAUUAUUCCUUUUAACUGUAAGCAGUGAUUUUUUAUUAGCAUGAUCUCAGGCAACUCUCUAAUUUUCUCCAAGAGCCCAGCUGAGGGAUAGAGAAACUCAGGAAUAAAUAAAUAAGUCCAUUUGCACAAUAAAGUCUCUUCGAUAGAACAAAGAGUGAAAUUAGGCAAGUAACUUUAUUUCCCACCCCUUUCCGAGGAUGAAGAUGUUUAAAGGUGUUGGUGAGAUGGACCUGAGGGGUAUGUGAGUUGGUUUCUUUCCUCUUCCCCCUUCCCGCAAUCCCUCCCCCCCCCCACCCCCCACCCCUUCCCCCCGGGAUAUCUGUGUUUAAAUAGAUGCUGAAGAGAUUUCUGAGUUCACGGGAAAGAAGGAAGGUUAGUUAAGGGAAUGGCAGCGCGCCUGGCAGGUAUUUUAAUGACUGUCCCUUUCUUUGAACACUUUCAAUUUCUCUGCUUCUUGUACAGAAUAUGUUUCCCAAACCAAGUAUGAUUUCUGUUGUAACUCCCGUGUGUGAUUGUGAUCCCUUCUGAGGUAAAUUGAGAAGUACGCUGCGCAAAAGGAGGAAAUCGCCCCUGGGGUGCUUUGUUUACUUUGGUUUGUAAAAUCCUGCUAGGGGAUGGUUUCCUCAGUGUGUGGCAAGUGUUUCUUCAAGAAAUUCAUCAGCCCUUCUACAAUUACUUCGAGCUCCGAGGGAAGAAAGGUGCCAUCACUUUCUCACAUCCCAAGGUGUUGCAGGGGGGAGAGAAGAAAAGGCUGGAGCAUUUAAUUAUAAUGGGGAGGGGGGGUGGGGGGUGGGGAGAGCGGAGGCUGCAGAAAGGCGUCCCAAGCCUGUACCUGUAAAAAAAAAAAAAAAAACCUGCAAGGGUAUACUUGGGAAGCGUGUGCCAUUUAGACAUGGGGAAAAGUACCCCGUCUUGUGCAGUAAUUAGUCUGAACAAUAAACAUAAUUGGAACAAAAUCA